CAUAAAAUAAAGAAGGCUCUUCUCACGAGGAAUUGUUAGCUUUGAAAUCGCAAUUACGGGUCGUAGAAGUGUGACAAACGAUUCCAAAAGCUUGCGAAGUUUAACAUGAACGGUGAUAUACCACAUUCUGAACAAGGUCCGCCUAGCUUGCCGCGUAGGAUUGUAAUUCAUCGAGGACAUGAUGGUUAUGGCUUUAAUCUUCAUGGUGAAAAGGGGAUACAUGGUCAAUUUAUCAGCGCAAUCGACGACGGUAGUCCCGCUCAAAAGAAUGAUUUACGAGUUGGGGAUCGAGUGAUUGCUGUCAAUGAUGAGGAUGUUGAAGAUUAUCCACAUUCUAAGGUUGUAGAACGUAUACGAGCAGGCGGAAACCAAGUGAUUCUACUUGUUGUUGAUGAACAGUGCGAUAAUUAUUAUAAGAAGUUAGGGGUUAAAAUACCUCAAGAUAGGUACGAAACACCGUCGACACAAGACGUUACUCAAAAGACUGAUGUUCAUGACGGUGAUGUAGUUGUACACGGACAGAAUGACACAAAUAAUGAAAAAAAGGAAGGUGAACAAGAGAAUGUACAAGAACCAGCCAAACAAGGCGAUUCACAUAACGCACCUGAUAAUCAUGAAAGCCAUGAAGACGUAGCGUCAACGAAAGAUAAAAGUGAGGAAAAAGUUGACAAAACCGAAAGUUUAACGUCUCCUCGUGUUGAUGAGUCGUCUAAGUUAGAUAUGGCUGCAGCGAGACCAAAACCGAAACGUCUUGAUGUAAAGCGAGCGACUCAAGACUGGAAACAAAAAUACGAUGAUUUUAAUAAACUAUAGAUUUUAGUGACUGUUUUGUACAUUAUAGGUCAAAUAUAUCCCAACAAUAUGUAUGUCGUCAUUUUGUUAUUGAUUAUCGAUCGUUCGGUGAAAUUAAGUUUUGAAGAGUUCCGGCAUAUUGUGAAGCUCAAUUGCACCAUUAAUUAUUGCAAUGUAAGUGAAAUGUUUUGUAAAGGACUGCUCAAGUCGAGCGAAAAAUGUUAUCAUUCUGUGUGAACGUAUUUGUAAACAUAAAUCAAACGACUCGAGUGUUUUGCUAUUAUACAUAUUUAAAAUAGCAAAUUGUAUUGCUCAACGUUUAUAUGUCCACUUGUUUUAUAGAAUAGAAAAAUUGCAGUGAACCGUGAA